AUGAGCUUCACAAAAUCCAUAUCGCGAUGGGCUUCUGUCCUACUCCUACUGUGCUUGGGUCUGGCACAUGCCCACACCGUCAUCACUUACCCUGGUUAUCGAGGAAACAACCUCCACACCAACGGCACCGUUGCGCAAUCUAAUGGUCUCGGGGUUGCCUACGAUGUAAAGAAUGGCUCAUACAUAUUCCCAUACGGCAUGGAGUGGAUUUAUCCCUGUGGUGGCAUGCCCAGGUCGACCAACCGAACCAAGUGGCCCGUCAGCGGUGGUGCCGUCGCCUUCCAGCCGGGCUGGUUCCCAGGACACGCCACUGCCCUAAUAUAUAUCAAUCUCGGCUUUGGGGAAAUCCCCGAAAACAUGAGCCACCCCGUCGUCCCGCCCUUCCAGAUCGUCGGCCCGACCAACAACCCUUACCCCGGUACGGUGUGUCUGCCCCAGGUGCCCCUGCCAGCCAAUGUCUCCGUCAGCCCGGGUGACUAUGCCACGAUUCAGUUGGUCGAAACUGCCAAACAUGGCGCUUCGCUAUUCAAUUGCGUGGACAUUGAGUUCGCAGAAGAUGGUGAUCCGUCCGUGGAGACAGUGACUCGCGACAAUUGCUUCAACUCAUCGGACAUCAGCUUUGAGUACAUGUUCACCACCAGUUCCAUUGGUUCAGGUGCGGCGAUGCUACAGCCUCCGAAACUGUCAGCAGCGGCUGUCGCACCGCUAUUGCUGGCUGUCACCUUCGCCGUGUGCAUGUAA